GACCUUGCUGCUUGCUCUCUCCUGGCUCGCCCCUCUUGCCUCAGAGGGCACCGCGAUACGAUCGAGCGGCUUCGGCCUCUUCCGGGACCGCCUUUGAGGCUGCAGAGCCUCACCUGACUUUCGCAGAGAGAGGGAGGCAACCGGCUCCUUCCGCUGCCAGCAGAGGAGGGUCCUGGGGCUGGAGCGUGUGGGAGCGAGCAAGGCGGGAGCUGCUGUCCAGAGCGAAGAAGAGACGCUCCGCCAGGCACAGGCGCGCCGCGGCGAGCUCAAACUUUGGUGGGCCGCCGCGCUGGGCCAAGUCAGGCUGAGCCGUCGAGGCUGGAAGCAGAAGAACCUGGGCUCCUUCAGCAAAAGGAUGUCCACCUGACACCACCCCCAAGACACCUCCCCAAGAUCCCGGGUACCCGGACGCCCCGCCUUCACGGCCGUCCGUCCUAGAAGAGGCUCGUGGCCGCCUCUUUCCCCGGGCUCCAGAUCGGGGUCCCGCGCAGAGUCUCCCCGAGUGUGCGGGGCUCCUGAGGAAGUUGUGACCACGACUUGGAGGGAGCAGGAGCCAAGGGGAACGCGGACUGGGGUCGGGGGACUGCCUUCGCUGGACCCUACUCAGCCUUGAGGAUCCGGAGACAGCAGCCACCUUGGGGCGGAAUGUGACACAGCAAGAAGAUGGCCAAGAUUAGCACCCAAUACUCCCACCCCACCAGAACACACUCCUCGGUCAGGACCACGGACAGAGAUCUGGAUUUCAUUGAGACCGGUCUCAGCAGGACCCACUUGCCAUGCGAGGAGACAUCAUCAGAACUGCAGGAAGGCAUUGCCAUGGAGACUAGAGGACUGGCUGAAUCCAGGCAAAGCUCCUUCACCAGCCAGGGUCCCACCAGGUUGUCACGCCUCAUCAUCUUGCUCCGUGCCUGGACCCCCAGGCACUUACACCAGGAAGACCAGAGGCCCAACUCCUUCCUGGAGCAUUUCCGCGGAGCCGAGCUCAAAGAGGUGUCCAGCCGAGAAAGCCAUGUCCAGUUCAACGUGGGCAGCCAGGAGCCUCCAGACAGAGGGAGAAGUGACUGGCCCCUGGCCAGGAACAACACCAACACCUGCAACAACUCAGAGAAGGAUGAGAAGGCAAACAAGGAGGAGAAAGAGAAAAAGGAAAAUCCCAAGAAAGAGGAGAAGAAGAAGGACGGCGUUGUGGUGGAUCCCUCCAGCAACAUGUACUACCACUGGCUGACCGCCAUCGCCGCGCCUGUCUUCUACAACUGGUGUCUGCUCGUGUGCAGGGCCUGUUUCGAUGAGCUUCAGUCCGAGCACCUGAUGCUUUGGCUGGUCCUGGACUACUCAGCAGACAUCCUCUAUGGCCUGGAUGUGCUGGUCCGAGCCCGGACAGGCUUCCUGGAGCAAGGCCUGAUGGUCACGGACACCAACCGGCUGUGGAAGCACUACACGAAGACCUUGCACUUCAAGCUGGACAUGUUGUCCCUGGUCCCCACAGACCUGGCUUAUUUCAAGCUGGGCAUGAACUACCCAGAACUGAGGUUCAACCGCCUACUGAAGUUGCCCCGGCUCUUCGAAUUCUUUGACCGCACAGAGACAAGGACCAACUACCCCAACGUGUUCAGGAUUGGGAACCUGGUCUUGUACAUCCUCAUCAUCAUCCACUGGAACGCCUGCGUCUACUUUGCCAUUUCCAAGCUCAUUGGUUUCGGGACUGACUCCUGGGUCUACCCGAACAUCUCAAACCCAGAGUACGGGCGCCUCUCCAGAAAAUACAUUUACAGUCUCUACUGGUCCACCUUGACCCUGACCACCAUCGGGGAGACCCCACCCCCCGUAAAAGACGAGGAGUAUCUCUUUGUGGUCAUCGACUUCCUGGUGGGAGUCCUGAUUUUUGCCACCAUCGUGGGCAACGUGGGCUCCAUGAUCUCAAACAUGAACGCUUCACGGGCUGAGUUCCAGGCCAAGAUUGACUCCAUCAAGCAGUACAUGCAGUUCCGCAAGGUGACCAAGGACUUGGAGACACGGGUCAUCCGCUGGUUCGACUACCUGUGGGCCAAUAAGAAGACAGUGGAUGAGAAGGAGGUGCUCAAGAGCCUCCCCGACAAGCUGAAGGCUGAGAUCGCCAUCAAUGUGCACCUGGACACCCUGAGGAAGGUCCGAAUCUUCCAGGACUGCGAGGCGGGGCUGCUGGUGGAGCUGGUGCUGAAGCUGCGUCCGGCGGUGUUCAGCCCUGGGGACUACAUCUGCAAGAAGGGGGACAUCGGGAGGGAGAUGUACAUCAUCAAGGAGGGCAAGCUGGCCGUGGUGGCCGAGGACGGCAUCACCCAGUUCGUGGUCCUCAGUGACGGGAGCUACUUCGGGGAGAUCAGCAUCCUGAACAUCAAGGGGAGCAAGUCAGGGAACCGCCGGACGGCCAACAUCAGGAGCAUCGGCUACUCAGACCUGUUCUGCCUCUCCAAGGACGACCUGAUGGAGGCACUCACCGAGUACCCCGAGGCCAAGAAGGCACUGGAGGAGAAGGGGCGGCAGAUCCUCAUGAAGGACAACCUGAUUGACGAGGAGCUGGCCAAGGCUGGGGCAGACCCCAAGGACAUCGAGGAGAAGGUGGUGCACCUCGAGGCCUCCCUGGACGCCCUGCAGACCAGGUUCGCGCGGCUCCUGGCCGAGUACAACGCCACCCAGAUGAAGGUGAAACAGCGGCUCAGCCAGUUGGAAAACCAGGUGAAGACGGGCCUCCCGCCUGACAGGGAUGCUCUGCAAACGGAGGCCAGUCAGCAGUGAAGACACAGGUGUCCGUCUCCUGCCUCCCCGGGUCACGGUCGGUACGAGACUGCACGGCACGGGGCCCGGCCAGGAUUGAAUUCCAGCUUUCCCUACCCUCUGUGAGCUGCGUGGCCUUGGGAGAGAGCCCUGAUUUUCCUCAUCUAGAUAAUGGGACUCUUUUUGUCUGUCCCAGUUAAGUGACAGGUUGCUGUGAGCUCCACAAGAAACGCUUCGUGAGGCAGGAUUUUGUGAAGUAUGAGAUGUCUCCAGGCCAAGAGUAUAAAAAUGUGAGCACAGAAGUUUGUUUUUUUUUUAAAUCCAUGGAGAAUAUUUAGACUCCUGAACUUCAUUUUUUGUAAGUGGGAGAUUAUUUCCUUACCCGCCCCUCCUGCCCCUCACUCCACCACUUCUGGAUGAGGGAGAGGUAACAGAAGCUGAGAGUACACGUGGUAACUCACAUUGGAUACACGAGACAGCUUGGGCAUAUUUCUGUCUUGGGUAUCUCCUCGUGUGCUCUUUGAUGCCGUGACAGGCACAAAGAAUGAAGCCAGGUCAUCCCAGCUGAGGCCAUUUCAAGUCUGAGAAGCAAAUCCAGGUGCCCUGCCAUCAACUCCUGUGAAACCAGAAUCUGUUUCACGGCAAAGAGCAUCUCCAUUAGGGAAAGGGACAUCUCCUAACUCCCCAACAGGCUUCAAAGACAGCCUCUGUCCCAGUCCCUGAGUUAGGGCCCUGGGGCAGCCUGUUCUGGCCUGAAGGGGAGAGUCGUGUUGAGGGGAAAGUUUCCCAGGUUGGAGGUCGGAAUGGGGUCCUAAGGCAAACAAGCUGACCACUAGGACUUUCAAGAGGCAAGACCCUUAGGCCAUGUCUUUGCAAACUGUCCCUGCACCCUGGAACAGGAAGCCUCACUCUCCCUUGGAAUUAUAUCCUGAGGCAAAGCUCUUAGACAAAAAUGUGCAGAGUGUCGACCUGGCUCUUUUUGUUUAAUCCGGUAUAUAGUAUUACAUUAAGAUUUUAGAAGGUAUGUAUAGAUUUGGGUUCUAUGACUGUGAAUUAUUACCUUAAUGGUCCAUCCUCUGCUUCAUACACAUUGUAAAUUACCCAAAGACAAGUCAGUCUCCUGAUGCAGAGAAGCCAUAUAUGCAGGUUUUCCUGCUCCUCUCUCUGAACUCGUUUCCCCUUCUUCCUUCCUUCCUUCCUUCCUUCUCUUCUCUUCCUCCUCUUCCUCUUUCUUCCUGUCCUCUUUUCUUCUCAGACAAGAUGCCCCGUGUCCUUGGGAAACCUUGAAGCCUCUGCGGUCUAAGUUAUAAUCCACAUGCUACAUAACUGGCCCUAAAGUAGUUCAUACAGAAGCUGCUGCCUUUUCAAGUAUGCAUUUUGGAUUUAGAUGGGUCUGUUCUGGUUUCUACUAUGGAUCAUUUGACCAUUUUAACUUUUUAAAAGAAAUUUCAAAGAACUAUCAGAGAAAGAUGUGAUCUAAGCUCUUAUCCUCAGCACAAUGUAACUAGCAACGUGUUACCAAAAUGCACGUAUUUUAAAAGCCUUAACUAUUAAUUUUGCCUACAUUCAUAUUUACACAGGAAAAAUAGAGACCUGGAUUUAAA